GUUUAAUUAUAUUUUUGUUUAUUGCUGUUUUUUUUUUUCAAUUAUAAACAAAAAACAAGAUGAAUGAGGAAUGCGUCGAAUGUAUAUUUUGUAAAUUACCCCACGGUCCAACUUCUUUCGUGCCCCUAAAAACAAACUUGGAAAAGUUCGAAAAUUUAUUGGAAACCUUUGAUUUCGAACAGGACACAGUCAAAGAUCUCCUAAUUUGCUUCAGCUGCAACCAGUUGCUGGACAAAUUUUUCGAUUUCAAAUCGAAAUUUGUUGAAAAAGAAGAUGAACUUGUAAACUAUACGGAUGCUGAAAACACUGUCGAUCUUUGCAAAGUACUUAUUUCCAAAGGUUUGCUUGAGAAAAAUCAUGAUGGUGACAAAAAGCUACAGAUCUGCAGGAUGUGCUAUGAGACCAAUGCGGAUAAUGAAUUUGCAGUUGUAGAAUAUGGCUCUAAAUUUAAUACAUUUAUUACUACAUGUAUUGAAGAAUUUGAUUUAUUUUUAUUGAAUGAAACAUUCAUUUGCGGAGAAUGCUGCACUGUUCUCCUAAGCUUUUAUCGAUUUCUACUCACAUGUAUACAAGCAGUGAAAAGUGUGGCUGCCGAGAUGGCUCCAUCAACAGAUCCGCUGGCAUUGGAAAAAAACUUCGACUCUGAAGUCGAAGCAUCAACAAACUUCGACUCUGAAGUCAAAGCAAUAACGAACUUCGACUCUGAAGUCGAAGCUUCAACAAACUUCGACUCUGAAGUCGAAGCAUCAACAAACUUCGACUCUGAAGUCGAAGCAUCAACGACAGUUCCAGAAGCAAAUGUUGAGGAAAUAAUUAAAUUGGAACCUUGCAGAACACCGUUAGACGAACCUCCAGAUAAAAAACAUAAAGCAGAGAUUGCUAAUGACAUAAUAGAAGUUCCUUCAGAUGAAGAGCAGUCAAUUAAAUCUUUAAAUAAUGGUUUUGAAAUAGUUGACGUUCAGAAAUUAUUAAAUUCUUCAAAUCGGAUUACCCCAAAAGUUGAAACGCCAGACCUGGAAACAGCGAGCAAAAAAAAAGCAGGCAGGCCUAAAGGCUCUGUCACUAGAAUGUGUUUGGUAUGUCUCAAAUUAUGUAGAUCUGAUCAUUUACUCACAGAGCAUAUGAAAGAGAUGCACUCAAAUAACAAAAAUUUUGAAUGUUUCAAGUGUAAAUAUUGUGUUACCACAUUACAAGAUCUUAGGGAGCAUAUUAAAAGUGUACAUAAGCUAGAUAUGUAUAAACCUGUUGAGAAACCAAACCACCGUUUAUCUCGUCUCAAAAAAUCAACCAAAGCUAAGUUUGAAAAAUUAAUAAAAUGUUGCUAUGAAUGUCAAAUAUGUCCUGUACAAUACAAUUCUUUUGAUGAGAUGAAGAAACACAUUACAAGUCACUUCACAGAGAAAAUGUUCACUUGUUGGAUGUGUCAAAAAAUUUUAGAAGGCGCUAAUUUAGUGGAGUUUCAUUUUAAACGAGAACAUGGAAUAGGAUUGUAUAAAGAAAUAGAGGAAAUUGAAGAAUUUGACAUUCCUAUACAAGACACCAAGCAAAUAUUCCCAAAUAAAAAAAAAAUGUUUGAAUGUCAUAUAUGCUGGCUUUGUAUUGAUAAUGUCUUUCAGCUUCAGGAACAUUUUUCUCGUCACAUAAAAUCAAAUAGGUUUUUAUGCUUCACUUGCGAUUUUCGUUGUGGUGACUUUCAAGCAAUGAGAAAUCAUUUGGCUAGUACACAUGGGGUUUCAACUUUAUAUGGAGUAAUCAACGAGUCGGAAAAUAAUUUCAUAAAAAAGGAAACUGAACCAAUAUCUGAUGAGAUACAUAUAAGCUGCCCUAGAUGCCUUAGAAACUACAAUACCAUAGAAAACUUUGUAAUCCAUCCUUGUUCAAAGGCAGAUAAUAAUAAACAUUUUUGUCCGCAUUGUUCAUGUGUACUUCCGACCCUUGGUGGAUUGCAUGAUUGUAAAGGGACUCCUGAAAAUAAAAAUUUGGACAGCAGCAAAACAGACAAGCCUCCUAGUGAACAUCGACAUUCGAUAGAAACAAAAAGUAACAAUUGCAAUUUGUGCCGAAUAUCAUUUGAAACAUCACAAAAACUAGAUAAUCACAAUUGCACCGCCAAAGUUGCAAAAUCUAGUAAUCCUGCCGCCCAAUCACUAACUUGUAUUGAUUGCACAGGUAAAUUUGAAUCAUAUGAUGAAUUAAUUGGUCACAUUGGUCAUGAUCAUCGAAAAUUUGUAUUGGUCCGAGAUGUGCUGAAAAUUGAUGAUGAUGAUACUUCAGCAUCAACAGCUGUCACUGAUACUACAGCCAUAACAACGGCUAAUUCAUGCUCAGAUGUGAUUGAUAUCGAUUCUGAUUCUGAUACGGAAUUUGUUGAACCUAAUUGCCAUCAACCAGCGAGAGUUGUUAAAGAAAUACGUGCUGUGGACUUGCAGGAAGCUUCGCAAUUAAUUUCUCAAGGAAUUCCAGUUGUAACGCCAAAUAAUUUGCAAUAUCAGCCUUUAAUGAUGCCUGUUAUUGGCCAACAAGGAAUGCUUAUGAAUAAUAGGUUGCCUAUAAUGAAUUCAGACACUAGAGCACAUUAUAUGAAUAGUGGUGGAAGGGUUUAUGUUACUAAUGGCAAUGGAGAAAAUAGAGAUACUCCAUUAAUGUGGCCUUCAGAUUCUAAUAUAACUCAAAAUGAGACUGGAAAUCUUUCCAUUCCUAAAUUGUUACCAAUACAGGCCUUAGAAAAAUCUGUGGAAAAUAUUAUGCCAGCAGUACCAUUAAAACCACCUAAAAUAGUUACAGUUACAAAUAAUGACUAUAGUCUGGUAAUUAGUGACGAUGAAACUGAAAUUUCUCAACAGAACUCGUCCAGGUCUUCUGUUAAUGAUGAAAUGAAAGAAAAUGCAAGAAGCACAGAAGAACAAAAUAAUUUUAUUUGUAUUAGUGAUGAUGAUGAAAUUCAGGAAAUAGAUGAUUGUUCAACGCUUCAGGAGCAAUCUACAAAUAAAGAGAGUGAUACAAGGAUAAAAAGACCACCCACUUCUUUUUCCUUAUACAAGGAAAAAUUGAAACCAGAAUUGGACAAAAAAUUUCCACUCUUAAAGCCUAGAGCACGAUUGAAAAUCGCUGUAAAUACUUGGAAAAAUUUAGAAAUUAAAGAAAAGUGGCCAUUCAUGGAAGAAGCGAGGUUGCUACGAGAAUUGUUCAAACGAGAACAUCCUGGGUUAUGGAAUACCAAAACGAGUACCAAAACCACAAGCAAAACACAACGAAAAAAACCUGUCCCAAUAAAACCAGCAGCAACUCAAAUACCUGUUAUGCCUCAAAUUUCUGCAGUAUUUACAUUAGUGGAUACCCCAAUUGUUCUGGAUUAAUAUUUUGUUAAUUUAACGUUAGUUUUAUAUCUAAAACAGUUCAAAUAUUUAUUCUGUACCUAUUAUAAUAUAAUAAUAAAAAUUUUGAUAAAAGUCUUCACACUUGAACCACCAAAUUAAAAAUUAUAAGAAUCAUUAGGGUUUCUUUCUUAGUUGUUAAAACGUGACUUAUAAUAUGUAUUCCAAUUUCUCAUCUUUACUCAGUAUACAUUCUGUGGUUCCCUAUUUAAUAGAUUCUUGUUUGCUUCAAUCACUUCUACAAAAAUAUUCUCAAUGAGAUGUGUGUUUAUAUUAACUAUGUUUUGUAUUAUUUAACAGUUAUGUUUGAUUUAAAUCUAGCUCUAUGUUUAAUUUGCAAGAAAUCUAGAGCUAGACACUAAAUUAUUUUGUUAAUUUAUAUUCCAUGAGAUGAAAAUAAACUUUGGAUUCAAAUAUUACCAGUUGCAUUACUAUUAAAAAAAAAGUCAAAAUCAUCUUUGCAUAGCCUGCACUUGCUCUUUAACUUCUUCCAAUUGGCUGGCCCUCCUUUGCAGAGCAUCCUGUUGAACUCCGAGAUGAGCACACAAAAGUUGCAGCCGUUUCAAGUUGUUUUCUGAGCUCUCGAUAAGAAUUUCUUGCGCAGCAAAGUUGCGGGCCGAAUGCAUUAGAA